UUCUGUGACUACAACAUUCUAGUUUCAGAGUUACUACUGUAAACAUUUAAAAUACAGUGUAAAGUCGUUGGAUUAGAUUGAUCAGUUAAUUUAAUACAAAAGAACGAAAAUGAAAUUUUUCUUGAUUGCUUUCGCUGUGAUCGCAGCUGUAGCUGCUGAUGUCAGUCAUUUGCCCUCAAACGAAUACUUGCCCCCUGUGCAAGAAGCCGCUCCUGUAGCUGCUCCCACCAACGAGUACUUGCCUCCAGUUGCUGCCGUCCCUGUUGAGGCUGCUCCCGCCCAUGAAUUGGCUGAUGAUGGUUACCGUUACAAGACCAACCGUCGUGUUGUCUACCGUCGCAACCGUCGUGAUGUCAGCCACUUGCCUUCCAACGAAUACUUGCCUCCUGUACAAGAAUCCGCUCCCGUAGCUGCUCCCACCAACGAAUACUUGCCCCCUGUUGAGCAAGUUGAAGCUGCUCCCGCUCACGAAUUGGCUGAUGAUGGUUACCGUUACAAGACCCACCGUCGUGUUGUAUACCGUCGCAACCGUCGUGAUGUCAGCCACUUGCCUUCCAACGAAUACUUGCCCCCUGUACAAGAAGCCGCCCCCGUAGAAGUUGCUCCUGUCCAAGAAGUUUCCAACGCUGUAUAUGAAGAAGCUGUCCCCGCUCACGAAUUGGCCGAUGAUGGUUACCGUUACAAGACCCACCGUCGUGUUGUAUACCGUCGCAACCGUCGUGAUGUCAGCCACUUGCCUUCCAACGAAUACUUGCCCCCUGUACAAGAAUCCGCUCCCGUUGAAGUUGCUCCCGUUGAAGUCGCCCCUGUUGAAGAAGCUGCCCCCGCCCACGAAUUGGCCGCUGAUGGUUACCGUUACAAGACCCACCGUCGUGUUGUCUACCGUCGCAACCGUCGUGAUGUCAGCCACUUGCCCUCCAACGAGUACUUGCCCCCUGUAGAAGAAGCCGCUCCCGUUGAAGUUGCUCCCGUUCAAGAAGUCUCCGUUGUUGAAGAAGCUGCCCCCGCCCACGAAUUGGCCGCUGAUGGUUACCGUUACAAGACCCACCGUCGCGUUGUCUACCGUCGCAACCGUCGUGAUGUCAGCCACUUGCCCUCCAACGAAUACUUGCCUCCUGUAGAAGAAGCCGCUCCCGUUGAAGUUGCUCCCGUUCAAGAAGUCUCCGUUGUUGAAGAAGCUGCCCCCGCCCACGAAUUGGCCGCUGAUGGUUACCGUUACAAGACCCACCGUCGCGUUGUCUACCGUCGCAACCGUCGUGAUGUCAGCCACUUGCCCUCCAACGAAUACUUGCCUCCUGUAGAAGAAUCUGCCCCUGUUGUAGAUGCUCCCGUCCAAGAAGUUGCUGUCGUUGAAGAAGCUGCCCCCGCCCAUGAAUUGGCUGCCGAUGGUUACCGUUACAAGACCCACCGUCGCGUUGUCUACCGUCGCAACCGUCGUGAUGUCAGCCACUUGCCCUCCAACGAAUACUUGCCCCCUGUACAACAAGAAGCCGCUCCCGUAGCUGCCCCCACCAACGAAUACUUGCCCCCUGUCCAACAAGACGAAGCCGCUCCCGCCCACGAAUUGGCCGCUGAUGGUUACCGUUACAAAACCCACCGUCGCGUCGUCUACCGUCGUCAUUAAGUUUAGGGAUCCAGUUUUCAUAAAGUGAUUUCAUUAGUUCUCCAUUUUGGGAGAAUUACAAACUAUAUACAUUUUAAAGUAUUAAGACUUCUUGUACCGGAAACAAAAUCUCUAGAAAAAAUACCAACGAUCUGAAACUAUAAGAAGAAUACAAUAAAAAUACAUUUAAAAAAUAUUUAAAAAAAAA